UCAUUUUGUUAUUAUGUCUAUUUUGUCUUUUAUUCUUUCACUAUUAUUCCUAUUAUAAGCUUUUAGUCCUUUUAACUCUUAUUCUUUUUAUUAAAGUUUAUAUGUAUGGUCAAUUUAUUGACCUCGAUUGGAAAACAUUCUGGUACAACUGUUAUUUUCAGAUGUACUAUGUAAAAGUGACUAGACUUGACCCAAUGCCUCACAGUAGGCCUUCCAGUGGGACAAGCUGAAACCAUGGCUGUAAACAAGCACCUAGAUAUCUCUGCCUAGUGGCCACUGUUACCUAGCAACAGGCAAGUUUAACGUCAAUAGCUCGUGAUAGAUAGCUAAUGUUACAGCUGCAGUUAUCUCUCUCUCUCUCUUAGAAAAUACAUUAAUGUUACUUGGAGUUAGGUAUACAUUUUCCAUAUUUAUGUUCAAAAGAAGUCUCUUUCCCAAUCAUGCAGCCAUCGAAUUUUGGGAUAGACACGUUAAUGCAUCGGAAACAGGUGGGUCAGGAUGAAGAUGAAGACGUUUGCAGCUUAAUAUUAGGUCGUAACGUCAAUGCUGCGAGGGAUAAACGCAUCGUGACUUUACCUAAGUUGGAAACAGAUCCAAAGAUGGACCAGCAACGCUUCAAAGAACAAUCAUCUCUAGCACCACGCCAAUCGUUGUCCACAGAAAAAAGGCCUACUCUAUUUCCAGAUCAUGCCAGAUCCAACGGCAGAGUCAGCCUGGAGCCUCUAAGGACAAAGAGAGCUGCGCCUACAUCACACAGAGCAACAUGGGACUCCCUCGUCAUUCCAACCACAUGGAAUUACAAAGGGGUUAGGGUGAAGGGUGCCCGCUUUGACAACACAGAACCUGAAGAUGAUGAUGUUGUCAAUCAUAUUGUAAGACUCCGAAGUAAACUUGGUUGGCCUACUAAAUUACCUGGCAGAAGAAUGAUAAGACCAUGCUCAGAUUAUCUACAGAAAAGCCCACAUGAAAUGAAAGACACAGGGGAAUAUGUGUAUUGCAUAAAAAGGAGCGGAGAUGAUGACCAUGGCCUGUAUGAUCUCAAAGUGGUCUCGGUUCAGACAGCAAAGCAGCACAACCACUAUUGGACAGUCAGUGCUUCUUACAUACAGGAGGUAUAUGUACUGGAACAGUCCAGUGAGGAGAUCGUGCCAGUAUUGGAUUGGUUGGCCGAGAGGGAGCUCUUCCAAAAAAUCUACCAGCUGCUUUUCUUUUCAAAGUUCAGGUUAUGCAAAUCCUUUAAUAUCUGGAAGACAGUCAUAAGGCAUUCAAAAAUGUCCAAAUCAAAGAUCAGGUUGUCCAAGAAUCUGUUCUUUGUAGAUGACUUACUUGCCAAAUGCCUGCUGCAAAUCAAAGGUUUACUGGAGGCAUCAUUUAACCCUGGAUACCGCAUUGUUUUAAUAAAGUGGGAUGAAACACGAACGCACUCCCUGUGGGAUUUCUGCGAAGCUCAAAACCAGCAGAGAGAAUUUGCCUCAAAGCAACUUCAGCAUCUCCAUAUCAAAGUGGCCUCAAUGAUUCGAUCUGCCUGCUUAAAAACUGCGGAGCUGCACGGCGCAGAGAGACUCUUCCAUUCCUGGGAGCCGGACCAUGACUUGCGGCCGUUGUACACCCAGGUGGCACAGUGGCGGACCCUGUUGUGCCACUUUGGAUGCUUCCUUAGCAUGGUGGACUAUAUGUUCGAGACUGAGCUGAGCAACCUAUUGAAGGCGGCUGUCUUCACUCUGCACUCGGCGUUUUGGGGGUCCUUCCACAAUACACGGGCUGAUGUCAAAUUGGACACUGGCACCACAUGCCAUCAGGGAGAUGAUAUCUAUCAGUAUCACAGGGAAAUUGGACUUUCACAUUCAGGGAUUAAGUCCCCGCAGGAAGUGAGAGCAGCAUUUGAAGUGAAUGUGGUGCUUACCAUCUUCCCAGAUACCACCACAGACGCCAUGGAAAGCACCCACCAGCCGAGUGACCAGGCAGGGGAGCCAGAGCCUCAGAAAGAAGUCCCCAAUGAAAAAAGUUCACCUCUUGUAAGUUUAGCACCAAAGAAGCUGUCAAAAAUGACCCUUAGCCCCGCCAUGGAUGACUUUGUGAUGAAAAUACAAGAGGUGCUCGAGGGCUUCCGGGGUGUCAUCGACAAACAGAUUUCCUUUAAGGAGGAUCCUAGUCUGCUGGACCUGUACUCUCCUCCAGUGUUUGACCGUAAACUGUCCGUGGAUGAGAUUUCUGAGGAGGAGAGGAGCCAAAUCUUGAGGCCUUGGCCUGACAUGCAGCUACUGCUGGGUCAAGACUCGGUCUAUCAGAUGCAGGUCUCAGAGAUCCUGAGCAUGGUGCAGACCGGCUUUGCAGAGACGGAGAGACACUGCACCAAGAUAGAGGGCUUCGGCAAGAUGGUGCAAAGAACCAUGGCAUUGGACAUCGGCAGGUUUAUGGAUGGGGAGAAGUGGAUGGCUCAGGACAUGAAGGCUAUCCUGAUGGCCCAUACUGAGAGCGUGGAGAUGAUGCAUAGGAUGGAGAUGCAGACACGCAUCAACAUGAUGCUGGUGUGCUGCGAGCAGUACCAGCGGGACUGCCUGCCCUACCCGCAGACAGUCAUCACCAACAUCCACUAUCGGCUGCCCAACUUCGCCAAGAAGAAAAACCUUGCCCUGAUGGAGGUCAUUCAAUCUGCUCUGAAAAAGCUUGAAUUUCAUAUGGACACCCUGGAGGAGUUUGUUGACUAUCUGAACUUCCUGACUCAAAUCUCUGUGAAGCUACCUACUCUGGAGAGGCAGUACCACUUCCUUGUGCAAUUGUAUACUAUUAUAAAAGAGUUCCACAUAUUUAUUUCACCUGAGGAUUUGGCUCUGUUCCAUCACCUUGUCCCCAGCUUCUUCCACCUCAAGUCUACAGUCUUGAUCGCUGAGACCAAAAGGGAUGAUAACAUUUUUGCGUUUAAUGCUGACCUAAACCAACAACUGACUAAACUCAGACAUGACCUCGUUCUCAUCAAGAUAAAGAUAAACAAUCCACUACUUCUCUGCUCAACCACAACCCCUGUGAUGGCAAGUGAGGUUCUGCAGGCCCUUACAGAAGAGCUGGCCAUCUACUCCAGCAAAGCCUACAGUUGCUUCCGCUUCAGGGAGCUGCUGGACAGCUCUGUCUCCAAGCAGAUCGCUCCGCCAGGGGUCAACAGGGAGGAAGUGGCGUCCUGUGUGAUCGAGUUGGAGCUGACAGAUGUGAGCAAUGCACUCAACCUCCGAGGGAUGCUAUGGGACAUGCAGAAGGAAUGGGACAAGCAGUAUGACCUGUGGAGGACCACCGCCUUCAAUCUUCUGAAUGUGGACAACCUGCAGAACAACGUCAGCCACUUCACCCAGACCAUCUACAAGCUGGAGAAAGGCCUACCUGAAAAUGACAUAGUGCCACACCUGAAGCAGAAACUGGGAGAUUUUAAGCUCUGCUUGCCUAUCAUUGUUGCCCUGCGCAAUCCCCAUCUUCGCAAAAGGCACAUAGUGGAAGUCCAGAGAAAGAUUGGAUUUUUUUUUGUGUCAGAUGAGGGUUUUACUUUGGGAGACCUGCUCGAUCUGAAGAUCCUGCAGUACAGCCGAUUGAUUAGCGAUAUCUCCACCACAGCAACACAUGAGGCCGCCCUUGAGGGUAUCUUGAACAAGGUCAUCAACCUGUGGGAGAGCACAGAUUUUCGUCUCAUCACCCACAACUUGGACACAUGCACUGUGAAGAUUAUCGCCUCAGCUGACGAUGUCAUGGCUCAACUGGAGGAGAGCCGGACCACCAUCAUGAGCAUGAAGUCGUCACGCUACGCUGAGCCAAUCAAGGGUCUGAUUGAUGAGUGGGAACGCAAACUGAACCAGUUUUCAAACACGUUGGGGGAAUGGGCCAUGUGCCAGAAGCAUUGGCUCUACUUGGAGCCCAUCUUCUCAGCUGGGGGAAUCCAAAGACAGCUUCCAGAGGAGACCAAGCUAUUUGGGGAGGUUGACAAGGCCUGGAAGCAACUGAUGCUCAGAACCCAACAGUGCCCAAAUGCUUUGAGGAACGGUACUUUCCCUGGGGUGCAGGAGAUCCUUCAGAACAACAACAUUCAGUUGGAGAAGAUACAGAAGUGUCUGGAGGACUAUCUGGAGUCCAAGCGAACCAUUUUCCCAAGGUUCUACUUUCUCAGCAAUGAAGAACUUAUUAAGGUUUUGUCACUGAGUAGGAACCUCAGUGUCAUACAGCCCUAUCUGGUGAAAUGUUUCUCUAACAUCCAUCACUUUGAGAUGCAGGAUCAGGCCAUGCUGCAUCCAGUACUGGUUGAGUUGCACUCAGUGGAAGGGGAGAUUGUCACUAUGCCCAAAAAUGUUCAGAUACGUGGGCCUGUUGAGCAGUGGAUGGGAAACGUGGAGACAGCCAUGUACAACUCAGUUAAACGACAAAUGAAGUUGGCUGUGUUGGACUGGAACCCUGCAGACUUCAGGAGCUGGGUUCUGACCCAUCCCGGGCAAGUUGUGCUCACUGUGACUCAGAUCAUGUUCAGCAUGGACUGUGAGAAGUGUCUGAGUGGCAGCAGUGGUCAGCAGGAGGGGCUGAUGGCGGUGCAGCAGCAGGUGAUUGGCAGCCUUGAUGACCUGAUGAAGCUGGUGUUUGAGCCGCUGCCCUGCCAUCAGCAGGCUACCGUAGACUCCCUGUUCACCAUCCUGGUGCACUGCCGAGACAUUCUCUCCCACCUGAUCCACCACAACAUCUCCAGUGCUGAAGACUUCGAGUGGAGGAGGUGGCAGCUGCUCUAUGACUGGCAUGACACCACCUCGGUCUGCUAUGUGGUGCAGGCCAAGGCCUCCUUCCCCUAUGGGUAUGAGUACCAGGGCUGCUCCCCGCGACUGGUCAUCACCCCACUGACUGACCGCUGCUGGCUCACAAUCACCGGAGCCCUGAGUCUGCACCUAGGGGGGGCGCUGGUUGGACCUGCAGCCACAGGGAAAACUGAGACUGUGAAAGACCUGGCAAAGGGCCUGGGAAAGUUCUGCUUAGUCAUGAACUGCGCAGCUAGUUUGGACUACAAGAUGAUGGGGAGGCUGUUCUCUGGCAUGGUGCAGUCUGGCAUCUGGUGCUGCUUUGAUGAGUUCAACUGCAUCAGCGUGGAGGUGCUUUCGGUCAUCGCUGCCCAGCUUCAGGCAAUUAAGGCAGCCAAGAACAGCCACAGUCUGAGGUUUAUGUUUGAGGGAAGAGAUAUACGUCUGAAUGCUUCAUGUGGUUAUUUCAUUACCAUGAACCCUAGCUUUCGAGGUCGAGUAGAGCUCCCAGACAACCUGAAGAUCCUGCUUCGACCCAUGGCCAUGAUGGUGCCUCAUUUCGACCUCAUUGCUGAAAUCAUACUAUUUUCGGAGGGAUUCAAAUCUGCCAAAACUCUCUCCAGAAAGAUCGUCCAUUGCUACCAAAUUGCAAGCAAACAGCUGUCCCUGCAGGAUCAUUAUGACUUUAGCAUGAGGUCAAUCAAGUCUGUUCUGCUACUUGCUGGACACAGGAAACCAGCCUCUAUGUCGGUGAGCUUAGAGGAAGAAUGUUCCAUCCUUAUUUGUGCCCUGCAAGACUUCAACCUACCUAAGCUCAUCCCUGAAGAUGUGCCCCUCUUCAAGAGCAUCAUGCAGGACCUGUUUCCAGGUGUCGAGGCUCCAAAAUCUGUCCUUCCUCAACUGGAGACGGCCAUCACCAUAGUGACAGAGAUUCUAGGCCUGGAGCCUUGUCCAAGUCAAGCAGAGAAAGUCACACAGCUCUACAGUCAGAUUUUGGCCCGUGUGGGAGUCAUGUUAGUGGGGCCCACAGGAGGAGGGAAGACCACAAUCAGACUCAUACUGCAACAUGCUCUAGACAUGCUGCCUGACCUCGGGAAGAGGAAAAAGGGUACAGGGUUUCAGAGGGCUACAAGUGUGAAUGUGGACUGCUUCACGAUUAACGCAAAGUGUUUUGGCCUGGAAGAGCUCUUUGGUCACAUGAACCCCAUCACCCUGAAGUGGUCCGACGGCCUGUUAGGCUCGGCCGUAAGGACCUACGCUGAAGAGCUCUCACAGGUGGAGAAGAAGAGAACUCGCACAUCCUCAAAUGAACUUACUUCAGAUGACACAGAACCCGGCUUAGUAACCCAGGCGCCAACAGGCAACAGGCAUAGUUAUCAAGGAACACAUGACAUUGAGAAGUGGCGUUGGGUUAUUAUGGACGGUCCGGUUGACAGCGAGUGGGUAGAGAGCCUGAACACAGCCCUGGACGAUAGCCGCACUAUGUGCCUGAUGAACGGGGAGAGGAUCAUCCUCCCUGAGGGACUCAGCUUCAUCUUUGAAGUCGACUCACUGAGCCAUGCCACCCCUGCCACCAUCAGCCGCUGUGCUAUGGUCUAUGUGGAUCCAUUAGGGAUGACGUGGAAGCUGUACGUGAGGCGCUGGCUCUCUGAGCUGCCCGACCCCCUGCAGGACCAGGGCGUCGCCUACUUGCAGAAGCUCUUUGAUGGCUCUGUGGGCCCCGGUGUGGCGUUUGUGCACAAGCACCGGAAGUUGCUAAGCUUCCCCGUCCCCGAGAUGUCUUUAGUCAUGACCUUGUGCAGUUUGCUGGGCUCCAUCUUCAACCUGCUGCAUAAGAACAAUGGUUUAGGUACAAAUGAAGAUAAACCUCCACCUUCUUCAGACUUUCCCAAGAAGCAAAAGCAAAAGGCUGAAGCAAAAGGCUGCCACAGUGAGACAUCAAAAACAAGUUUCCCCCUUAGACAAAUAGAGCAGUGUAACUGGUUCCUGCAGAAGUAUCCAGAAAAGCUGACGUCUCUGUUGGGGAAGCUGUAUGUGUUUGCUUACACCUGGGCCUUUGGUGGAGUCCUCCACCAUGUGGAUGGAUUUGACGAUUCUCACAUGACCUCCAAAGAAAAGAGUGACCCCCUGACGAAAGUGUCACAGGAGUUUCAGAGUUUGCUCAGAGAGUUAUUUAAUGGAGGCCAUCAAUAUGGCAUUAGUAUCCCCAGUGGGAAUCACACACUCUUCAGUUAUUUUGUAGAUAUGCAGACCGAUGCCUUCAGGCUCUGGGAAGAGCUUGUUCCCACUACAGACGGCCUCAUUCGCAAAGGGAUGAGCAUGUUGGCCGCAUGUCAUCAUGACUCUCUUUCCUUUCAAGCAAAACCCAUCCAACAGUUUAGCCUGAGCAGCGAGCACGUGAGCAACAUCGACAGCAUCCGCUACUCCUUCCUGCUCAGUCUGCUGCUGCUGCACAACCAGCCAGUUCUGCUCACAGGAGAAUCAGGGGUGGGGAAGUCAAUGCUGAUUGAGAGCAUGCUUAAGAAAUUACAGAAGGAUCAAGAGGAAAUCGGAAACCCAUCAACUAUUCUUGGACAAGUGUUCCUGCAUCACCAAGCCAAAACAGCCAGCAUAUUGGAAGAUGUGUCUCACCUUACUGCUGACUUAACAGAUGGUGACAAGUCCCCUGAUGUAAUUGGAGCUAUGGCUGUUCUGUUUGGGAGGUUGAAUAGCGUGCAGCAGUCUGGUGGAAGCCCAGUGGAAACGGGCAUCCUCACACAGACCCUGCAGUGCACCGCGCACACGGAGCCCCCGCAGAUACAAGCCCACGUGCUGCGAAGCCUUAGCAAGAGGGGCAAGAAUCUACUGGGUGCGCCCAAAAAAAAGAAGGUAUUGUUUUUUCUGGAUGACAUAAACAUGCCCGUCACAGAUAACGCUGGUGAUCAGCCAUCCAUGGAGCUGGUCCGGCAGUUCAUCGAGCUCCAGGGAGUUCAUGAUACCAAGACAUUCACUUGGAAGGGCAUACAGGAUGUGACCUUCUGUGCGGCAUGUGCUCCCCCUGGGGGUGGGCGUCAGCAACUGAGCAGGCGGCUGCUCAGGCAUUUCUCAGUACUGGUCCUGCCACACCCAUCCUAUGACACCAUGCAGCACAUCUUCCAGGUUCAAUUGGGGAAGUUCUUGGGCUCUAAGGACUUCUGUAAGGAGGCGCGAAUGUGCCGUGAGCCACUAGUGUCGGCGUCCAUCGCUGUCUACACGGAGAUGUGCCACACCGUGCUGCCCACGCCUGCCAAAUACCACUACACAUUCAACCUCAGAGACCUGUCCAAAGUGGUCCAUGGCCUGAUGCAGACCAAUGAAUCCGAGCUGAGGUCAGUGCCGACGGCUGUUAACUUGCUUGCCCAUGAGGCCUCACGUGUGUUCCAUGAUCGUCUCAUAGAGGACCAAGACAGGAAGCUCUUCUACCAGAUCCUCGCCAACGAGCUUCAGCUCAACUUUAAAAUGUUCUGUACAGCAGAGACUCUCAUGAAGGAGCCAGUGACGUUUGGAGACUUCCAGGACGCCAGCAUUCCUCCCGGCUCCCGCUCAUACAAGCACUUCCAGGACAAAAAUAAGAUCAUCACCAUCCUGGAGAAUUGCCGCAAGAAGCAUUGCAAGAAAGAAUCUCAGUUCCCAAUGCUGUUCUUCAGAGAGGCUGUGGACCACAUCACACGGACUGCUCGUAUCCUCCGCCAGCAUGGAGCCCACAUGAUGCUGAUUGGGCUUGAUGGCACUGGGAGGGAGGAGUGUGUAACGCUGGCGUGCCACCUAGCUGGGUGCCACCUGUACCGGCUGUCCGUCUCCCACAACUGUAGCUACUCCGACUUCCGGGACGACCUGAAGAAGGUGUUCCACCGGGCCGGCAUCCAGCGCAAACACACUGUGCUGCUCAUCAAAGAUUCCGAAAUACUCGAGGGGUCUGUCAUGACGGAUCUGGACUGUCUUCUGAAGUGUGGAGAUGUCCCUGGUCUCUUUACCGAUGAAGAAAGAGACACCAUCACCUCUGAGAUUAAGACAAAGGAUGACACUUCUGAGAAGAGAGAGGAGGCAUAUGCCCUCUUCAUAGAGCAAGUCAGGCAGCAUCUGCACAUUGUUCUGGCGUUGAGCCCAGCGGGCUCACGGUUGCGCCACUUUUGCUGGGCCCACCCGGCCCUGCUGGGCUGCUGCAACAUUGACUGGUACAGCAUGUGGUCCAAAGAGUCCCUGCUGCAGGUGGCCCAGAAUGCUUUCAUCAACUCUGCAGACUUCUACUGCCCAGGCAUGGGCCUGCAGGACAAAGUGGCUUGUGCCUGUGUAGACAUGCACUACAGCGUAUCCCAGAUGGCGGAUCAGUACCGGCAGGAGGCCAGGAGGCCGUAUUACGUGGUGCCCAGCAUCUUCAGUGAAUUCAUGUGCACCUUCACCAAGAUGUUCCGCUCCAGAGAGGGAGAGCUGCAAGGCAUCAGAAAUCGCUACACAAAUGGACUUACGAUUUUGUCAGAGACAACGUCUCUUGUCAUUGUGAUGAAGGAGGAGCUUGUAGCUUUGAGCCAUGGAAUAGAAGAGAAAUCAGAGGAAAUAGAAAUUUUGAUGAAGAAGCUUCAGAAAGAUGCUGAUGUUGUGGAGCAGGUCAGAGCCAUCGUUCAAGUGGAAGAGGGCGUCAUGGCUCAGGAGACUCAAAUAGUCCAGGACUACGCCCAGGAGGCCCAGGCUGAUUUGAAUACAGCAUUGCCUCUACUGGAGAAGGCCAUUUCAGCCCUAGAUAGCCUGGACAAAAAUGACAUCUCAGAGAUAAGGGUCUACACUAACCCACCAGACCUGGUCUUGACUGUGAUGUAUGCGGUCUGCAUCUUGCUGCAGCAGAAACACACCUGGGUAGUGGCCAAGCAGCUGCUGGCCGAUCCGGGCUUCCUCAAGAGGCUGAUGAACCUGGACAAGGACAGCCUGCCAGAAAAGGUGUUCCUACACCUAAAGAGGUACUCCAAAGACCCAGAAUUCACCCCAGAGAAGGUGGGGCGGGUGUCCAUUGCCUGCCGAUCCAUGUGCCAGUGGGUCCUUGCAUUGGAACGCUACCAUGAUGUAGUUAAGAUAAUUGAGCCUAAGCAAAAAAAGGUCAGAGUGGCUACGGAAGCGCUUGCAAAGGCCCAGUGGAAUCUAAAAAAAAAACAGAAGAACCUCUCAAGGAUAGAGCAGCAUCAGGCCGAUUUGCUGCAGCACUACAAAGCUAGUGUGGCUGAGAAGGUGGAGUUGGCAGCCCGGAAAGAACUGACCACAAAACGAGUGCAGAGGGCUAUACAGCUAAUUGCAGCCCUGUCUGAUGAGAAGGACCGCUGGGAGAACACUGUGAGAGAGAUGGACCUGCAGCUGAAGCACAUUGUGGGUGACACCAUAAUCUCAGCUGCCUUUAUCACCUACUGCGGCCCGCUGACAGCUGUCUACCGGGAGGCCAUUGUCAAGACCUGGCUGGAGUCCUGCCAUAGUGCUGAUAUGUCUGUGUCCGAUGACUACACCUUCAUCGGCACCAUGACGAAGAAGAAUGAGGUCCGGCACUGGCACAACACCGGUCUGCCUUCGGACCGGAUGUCCACGGAGAAUGCCAUCAUCAUAGAGAACGUGCCCCGCUGGCCGCUGAUCAUAGACCCCCAGGCUCAGGCCAAGCGCUGGCUGAGCUGUAAGGAGGGAGUGGGGCUCUACAAGGUCCGCAUAUCCAAACCCAACUACAUGAAGACUGUAAAGAGAGCCAUCCGCAUGGGCGAUGCUAUGCUGAUUCACGAUAUAACAGAGAAUAUGGACCCCUGUCUCAUCCCAGUGUUGAAGAGGAACAUCAUUGUCCGAGAGGGACAUUCCUACAUCAAGAUUGGAGACACCGAGGUUGAGUACAAUUCCAACUUCAGGCUGUACCUGGCCACCUCACUGCCCAACCCUCAUUUCCUGCCGGGGCUGUGCAACAUGGUGAAGCUGAUUAACUUCAGUGUGGAGUACGAGGGCCUGCAGGAGCAGCUGCUGUCCAGCGCCUUCACGCUGCAGCAGCCCCAGCUGGAGCAGCAGCACACCCAGCUCCUCCUCACCAUCACCUCCCACCUGUUUGACCUCCACCAGCUGGAGGAGGGGUCGCUGCAGCUUCUGCAGGACACCAAUGGACAUGUAGGACAUAUGCUGGAUGACCAGUCUCUCAUUGACAAUCUGAGGAAGACAAAUGACACCUUCAACAAGAUCUCACAGCGCGUCCAGACAGCUAAGGACAAAGAAAAGGAGAUUGGCGAGGUGCGCAAGAAGUACCUGCCCAUCGCCAGUUACGGCGCAAACCUGUACAUGGUGCUGGCCUCGCUCAACCAGAUCAACUACAUGUACCAGUUCUCCCUAAUGUGGUUCAUGGACAAGUACAUCAAGGCGGUGCAGCCGGGCAGCCAGGCCUCUGAGAGGCCGGUGGAAGGAGGGACACGCGUGGGCGGCUCGGUCAGCCGCACCGACUUUAAGACGGCCGACUUCGGCCACCACCUGCUCAGCAUGAUGGAUCUCAUCAGUGAAAAUAUCUACAAGGAGGUGUCUCUGGCGCUGUUUGCAGAGCACCAGCUGUGCUUCUCCUUCCUGAUGUGCUGCAGGGUCAUGCAGACGAAGCACGGCGACCCCUUGCCGGCCGAGGAGUGGCACACCUUCCUGCACACGCCCGUGCUGGCCAACAUGCUGGUGGGGCCGCAGCAGCAGCGCCCGACCCACGCCCGGUGGCUGACGAGCAGCAUGUGGACCCAGUGCCAGUACCUGAGCACCCACCUGCCCAUCUUCUCUGCCCUCUGGUGCUCUCUCUGCUACAACCCUCCCCAGUGGAGCGCCUUCAAACAGGCCGACAGCCUCUACAGCUUCCUGGGGGAGCCGUACAGCCCAGACUCCAGCUCGCCACCUCCAGCACCCAUGGAAACCGACCCUGCCAACAACAAAGACACCUUAGUCUUUCCAUGGGAGACCUUGUCCAGCUUCCAAAGAAUCAUUCUGAUUAAGAUCCUGCGACCAGAGUGUCUAACAUCAGCUGUGAGGAGGUUUGUUACGGAGCAGAUUGGAGCAAAGUUUGUGGAGGGGAGCAGAAUGAGUCUUCUGGAUGUCUAUGAGCACUGUAGGCCCAUCACCCCCAUCAUCUUCCUCCUGUCGCCUGGCAUGGACCCAGCCUCCCAUGUGCUGCGUCUGGCCCAGGAGCAGCGUGGGAGCAGCCUGCAUGUGGACAUGGUGUCUUUGGGUCAGGGCCAGGGCCCACGGGCCGACGAGCUGGUCGACAAGGCCCAGGUGCUCAAGGGCUGCUGGGUCUUCAUGCAGAACUGCCACCUGGCGCCCACCUUCAUGCCUCGCCUGCAGACCAUCAUCAACUCGCUGAAGUGGAAAGGCUCUGACCUGGACCCACACUUCCGCCUCUGGCUCUCCUCUAAACCUGACCCAGUUUUCCCAGCCUCCAUACUGCAGAGGGGCUUUAAGGUGGCUGUGGAGCCACCUCAGGGCCUGAAGGAAAAGCUGCUGCAUGCAGUAGGUGUUACCAGGGAGGUGGCGGACAAGAACUUCAGCAGGCCCGACUGCCCCGUCUGGAAGACCCUGGUCUUCAGCCUCUGUGUCUUCCAUGCCAUCGUGCAGGAGAGGAAGAAGUACGGGACCCUGGGCUGGAACGUGCCGUACAUGUUCACCUACUCUGACCUGGAGGUGUCCCUGCUGUACCAGGAUAUGAUGCUGAAGGCCUCUGAGGAUGCCAAGGUGCCCUGGGCAGCACUGCGCUACCUGAUAGGAGAGGUGGUCUACGGCGGCCACACCAAUGACCCCUGGGACCAGCGCUGCCUGGUGGCCAUCCUGCAGCGCUGCUACAACCCCAGAGUGCUCGAGGAGGGCCACAACUACUGCCAGGCCCAGGGUUACCCAGCUUUCCCCAAAGAUGCCAGCUGGUCGCAGUGCGACGCGUACAUAGAGAACAUGCCGGAUAGAGACCUGGCGGAGGUGUUUGGCGUGGACAGCAGUGCUGAGGCCACGGUGCAGCACCAUGAGGGCCAGCAGCUGCUGCAGACCAUCAUCAGCCUGCAGCCCCGAAUCAGGGACAAACGCAUGCUGACCAGAGACCGAGAGGCCCAAGAUGAAGUGGUCCUGGAGGUGGCCACUUACAUCCUGAAGAAGCUUCCAGAAAGAGUUGAGUCUGGCCACAGCUCAGGAAAUACUAAAUACCUGCAAGAUAUUAUUUCUGAAAUCAAUUCAAUGGCGAAAGAAGAAGGUGGCCAACACUCUGUAACGUGGUUGCUGGUGGUCCUGAAGGAGGAGGUGAGGCGGUUUGACCGACUGCUGGGCGCAGUGCGUUCCUCCCUGCUCAGCAUCUGCAGCGCCGUCAAGGGCGAGACGCUCAUGACCGAGGAGAUGGAGGAGCUCCACAACGCAUUGCUGACCAUGGUGUUGCCUGCAGCCUGGAAGGUCCUGUCGUAUGAGUCAUGCAAGGCCCUGGGCUCCUGGGUGCUGGACCUGGAGCACAGGGUCGACUUCUUUCAGGCCUGGAUUGACCAUGUCAAAAUUUUGCAUCUCAGGAGAAGUCCACUGUCCGCUGGUGGCGGUAAGACCAGGCAGUUGAGUGUCAAGAGGCUGUCCCCGGUCUCUCCCAGGGAGACGCCGCGCUGCUACUGGCUACCUGGCUUCUUCUUCCCCCAAGGGUUUCUCUCAGCCGUGCUGCAGACAUAUGCACGGAAGAAGAACCUGCCGGUGGAUUCUCUGUGCUUCAGCUAUCACGUGCAACCCAUACAAGAGGCCACGCUUGACUGGAGCCUGGUCUUCCAGAGGAAGCUGCUGUUUGAGGCAAGGCUCUGCUGACCAUCAAUUAAUCCUUAUAACGUAAUGGAAUAUGAAAGAUCCUGACACCAUUCACUAUGGCAGACAGAGUAGACUGGCCUCGCAUGUAAAUCUAGACUAGAGGGUCAAGGAGAAAGCUUCUCAAGUGAGGAUAUGGACGUUGAGUGCCCUUUUAAGAGUUGAAGUUUUACUCAAGGCAUGGACACUUACACACUUGG